ACUGCGCACGAGCGAGGAAUGGGGAAAAAUCCUCCGAGGCAUUAUCUCAGGAAAAAAUGAUUUCUCCAAGAAGCUGCUGAAAUUAAGAGGCGAGGGCACCAAUAUUUCGACGUCGUCUUCACCUACAAGUGGAGGAAAAACCAAGAGAGGAGUCGCGGCAGUCAAAGAGCGGAGGGCAAGCUGGGAGCCUGGGAUUCAUUGGAGCUAUCACGAAAUCGGAAGAAACCCUACUGACCCCCGCUCCGCGUCGGUUUCCCCCCAAUUCGCAUCCGCGGCGUGAGAUGAGACGGUUCUGUAAUUGCUGAUUGGCGUGAUGAAUUCGAGGCCAAUAGUUCUUAUCUUCCUCCUGCUCGUGCUCAUCAUCACAUCACAGUUUGAGUGGAAGCAACAGAUUGGUGAGGCUGAGGCGAAUCCAACAGCUACACGGAGGAGGCAGCAGGCACUUGAAAGGGAAGAUGCUGUUAAAGAGAAAAUAAUAUUGGCACAAGAGAAAAAUAUUCAGCAACUUAAUGAGCUUAUCCAGAGCCUUCAACUUCAGCUGUUGCAUUGCCGUGGCAGUAAUAGUACUGCUCAUACCACCUCAAGUCAGUCGACUGGCAACAACGAAGUGGAGGGACAGGAAAUGAUCGGUGAUUGAUAACCCCAUGUGGUGACAUAGGUAGUUUGCUUCAGAGUACAACCAAGACAAGAACAGAAGCUUUUCAUGCAAUGGAAACCCAUAUCACCGCCAUCUGGUCGGCUGGUAGUGAGUCAUUGUUGAUGUACUGGUAUUGUGAUAUUUGACAUUACCAUCUUUCUUCUCCUUUCACUCCAGUUUGUACAGGGUUGUAGUAUGUUGGUUUAGGUUGCUCUCCCGACAAAGAUCUGAAUGUGUGUGCCAAUCUUUUUUUUUUUGUGUGUUUGUUGAUUAUUUUACCCUCUCAAUCAAUAUAUGUGCUCGAAUCUGUGUAUGGUGAAUCAUUUCUUUAUGAUCUUAGUUUCAUGCCCUGCAUUUUUCCA